AUGUCUGCACCACCCACCGAGAACCCCCCUCCCUUGGCAGCUGGCCCUGUCGAUCAAUCAAAAUCCUCGCGAGAGAACUCUCCUGCUCGCAACGCUCGUAGCGUCACUGCCAUACCGCAACUAUCCCGAUCCCGAAAAAAUAGUCAAGAGUUUAGUCCUACCCGGAGUUCAACUACAGUACCCUCCGCUGCGGCAGUUCAGCGUGCUCUUUCGGCGCACCGACCCAUUCUACAGCCUUCAAGUGUCGACGGCGUUUUGGAAGGUGCUCGAAAUGGCGAGAGACAGAUGAAGUCCGGCCAAACUUCACCAUCUUGGCGAGCGGCUCCAAGAGUGAAGUCUCCUCCUCCCACUAAAAAUGGAGCGAGAGUGCCAGCUCCUAAAAAACCCGAAGCAGAACAGACGCCCUCCAAUACAUCGCUAAAGAGAUUGGCCGCUGUGUCUAUCCCGGACCAGGCUGCUGCUAUACAAGUGACCAAUAGUCCGGAACAGGCAUCAAACAAUUCGAAUACACGUACCCCAGGGCGCGGCCCCAGUACUGGGACAAGCUUGCUUGAGACUGUCGCUGAAAGCAGUGUUCCCACGACGCCGUCAAUUGGCCCCAUGCUGACCUCUCUCUUGGAGCAAAGAAUUGAUGUUCAGUCCCUGGAUCAAAAGGUUGACAAUCAGCCAGACGCGCCGACUGCUAAAGAAGGUGAUGGGAGCGGCGGUGAUAUUAGCAGCAAAACAAACACCGGCAAGCCAGAAAAUGGCAGAAGGUCUAGAGCACCGAGUACUUCACGACCCCCAUCAGAUCUUGCUAAGCGCUCUUUCCCAAAUCUAACCACCACCAAAACUAAGCCUACUACUGAUCCACCCCGAACCAUGACAGUGGAAACAGAAACCGUGACUUCAAUGCCACAACUACUCAAUCCUGAUCGUGGAGCUUCAGGUAGAGAUGGUACCGGUAGCGUUAGGGCCAAGCCCAGCACCGAGACAAUCCGGCCCAAGAAGGAAAAGAAGAAAACAUCGCGUAAAGCGCCGUCGCUACAUGCAGGGACAGCAACAUCCAAAGCAGACCUUUUUGAAGCCAGGGUUGCAAGUGCGGUUGAUGAAGCGGAUUCUUCUGACUCGGAUGAGACGUUUGUGUAUGAAUCCAAUCCAGCCGACCGCCCUCCUCGAUAUCACUCCCGCACACCGAGUGCUACGUCUCUGACCAGUCAAGAUCAAUACGGUGCACGGAGUAAGCACGGAGUCAGGAACGGAAGCCAGGCGAUCGCGGGCAAGAAGAGCAUGAAAUUCUCUAGCAGUACUUACAACAACCAUUUGGAUGGAGAACUUGGGGUAGAUGGACGUGGUAGUCAACGGAACACCAGUUCGACUCCCCGCCAUCACCAUAUCAGUCGGCACGGACGACCGCAUCACACAUCAAUCCUUGAUACUGAUUCGCCAUUCACUCAAGCAAGCAAACAAUAUUCUCCUCGUUCUUCCGUCAAUAACGUGUCUCGAUUUUCAAGACCAAAUAGUCCUCGAGUGUCGAACGGUCGACUUGCUUCCAGCCCAAGGAAAGGAGAGCCUUAUGACGCAUAUGACGAUGCAGCUGAUGACGAAAGGGCACCAUUAAUUGGGUCUGUACGAGUCAACCGCUCACGACAUAGCCGUCGACCGCAUAGUGGCAGCUUCCGUCAACUUGAUUACCAUGAUGGCUAUGAGCGGAGCUACUGUGGUCGAUGGGGCAGCUGUGCUUUCCUAACAUUUAUUCUAGUUCUGGUGUGCGUGGGGAUCACCACAUUUGUCAUGGCGGUCAAUCGACCGUUGAUGGAUGUUUCUGUCAAGCAUAUUCAGAACGUGCUUGCCUCAGAGCAAGAAAUCAUGCUAGAUUUACAGGUAGAGGCAACGAACAUGAACCUCUUCGCUAUUAUUGUCAGUGAUUUGGAUGUCAACUUGUUUGCGGAAAGUCCGUACGUGGGAUCGACAGAGAAGUGGAAUGGCGGGAAACCCACGUUACGCUGGGUCAAGCGAGCGAGCUACUGGCCACCUUGGCACUCAGAGGACGGAGUAGAUGAAGGCACGGACCCGAUCGAUGACCCGGAACCUGGAACCCAAAAGAUGCUACUGGGAAGGAUUUUUGAGUUUGAUUCACCACUCUCGUUUGAGGCUUCGCCUGUGCGCCGGACGCAUUCAACUUCGGUUGGGGAGAUACGUCUGGCGAAACCAGGAAAUCGCACGGAAGAAGGCGGAUCUGCGCGUUGGGAAAGAGUCUUGCAACAUCCGUUUGAUUUAAUUGUACGAGGGGUGAUCAAAUACCAGCUUCCCUUGAGUUCGAAACCGAGAUCAGCGAAAAUUGGCAGUCGGAUUAAGGUGCUCCCAACGGAUGACACAGGUGAUAGCCCUGGAGACAAGCUAUUAGGUGGGACGGGUUGA